CAGGCGCAAAAUGACUCGCAGUUUCGUGAGGUGACGCAGCGUGAGUCACGGCGAGAUUUUGUGAAUGUAAUAAAUAAAUACCACUGCGCAUACAUAAUAGCAGUGUGACGUGACGCAGGUUUUGCUUAACGUGAUCCUGCGGAACGCAGUGUCCAUCCCGCAGUUUCUUGUAUGUAUUCACGGUGAGUAGAAGUGAGAAAUGGAAGAAAAAUUAAUUGAAGCCGUGCGAAUUCGGCAAGUUUUGUACGAUACAAGCCAUGUAGACUAUAUGAGGGCAAAACUAAAAACUGAAACGUGGGUGGAAAUCGCUAAAGAAAUCGGAAUGAAAAGUGGAUCUGAAGCAAAGGCGUUGUGGGAAAAACUACGACAUUCAUUGAGAGAUGCGAUUCGAAGACAACAAAAAUGUUUCAAAAGUGGAGCAGGUGCGGAAACUAUCAAAGAAUGGAAAUUUCAGAAACAGAUGGGAUUUCUGCAGCCUUAUAUGGCCAAUAAAUCAAGGGAAGGAAACCUCCGCCAAGACGGUGAAACUGAAAUCCUAACACAAGAUUUUGAAAUCAAUGUAGAAGCUGCAGAGGUAGACAAAGAACAUUCACAACAAAUGAAUAUAGAGGAGCAACCUGAAAAUGUGGAGGAUGAAUCCCAACCCAAGGCACUUUCAGAAACUGUUCCCACAAUGUUAUCUGCAAAGCGAACGUCAAUUGCAACCCCCAAAUCAGUUAAAAAAAUUAAGAAUGAUAAUGUUACUAAACUUUUUAAAGAGACUAUCGAGAAACAUGAAGAGAGAAGUAAAGCAAGAAACGAAGAGAGAAAAAAUUUGGUACAGCAAUUACAACUCACACAUAAUGAUCCCCUAUUUAACUUUUUUUUGGCGAUGUACCAAUCUACUAAAAGAAUGCCAUCCUCCUAUCAACACAUGAUUAAAAAUCGUUUGUUCAACGAAGUUUCACAAGCAGAAGCCAUGUUACUGGGAAUUAGUCCUGCUGUCCAGCAGCAGCCCAGCCUUGAUCAGCAGCAACCCUACUACCAGACUUUACAUUCUCUUCCUGCAGCCACUCCAUCCAACAGCAGAGCAUCAACAGCAACCAGUUUCUAUUCGGAACAGUCACCAUUAAGCCCCUCCGAUAUCCGUCCGGAAAAAAACGAUUACUCCACAAGUAGCAGUGGUAACGAGCUGAUGAAUUUUAUCACUACUUUUGCGGAGAAAUAAUUA